GCUGUUGAUAAGCAAAAAUGGCGACGAUUCUGUCUGUUGCGGUCAGGCAAGGUUGCAGAGAUAUUUGCCGCGGUAGCACCGUAAGGCUCAUCUCAACAAGUUCGGUGGCCAGGGUUGAAGACCACAGUUUAACUGCAGGAAUUAGUUUAGAGAAACAAGAAAAGAAGCAACUGAUUGAAGUUGAUGAAAAGGUUGAGCUGUCUGCAAUUAACGGCAUCCCUGAAGAACACGUCAAGACCCGACGAGCAAGAAUCUACGUUCCUGCCAGAAAUGCCAUGCAGUCGGGAACGUUCGGUACCCGUAAAUGGAGGGUUGCUUUAGACACCAGGGAGAGAUGGGAGAAUCCACUUAUGGGUUGGACAUCAACUGGUGAUCCAAUGUCCAACAUGCAUUGUGAAUUCAGAAGUCAAGAAGAUGCAGUUGCAUUCUGUGAGAAAAAUGGGUGGGCCUACAAUAUAGAAAACAAACACAUGCAGAAAUUCAAGGCUAAAUCAUAUGGAGCCAACUAUUCAUGGAACAAGAGGACUCGAAUUGGAACCAAGUAACCAUGAUAACUUAGGCAAUCAUUGUGAUGAUAGACUUGUAAAGACCCAUAAGGCAGACAAGGUUUUAGAGGAGACUGUUGUAAAUUACAUGUGGACUAGGGUACAGAGGGAUGCUACAAGCCAUUGGACAUUGGCAGAAUCUACACUUCUGGUAUUACUUCCAUGGCUGAAGUAAUGUCGUCUGAUUGAGUCUUGUGUGUCACAAAGAUAAAUGAGUAACUCUGUCUUCAGCAUUUCUUUCAAGUGUUAAAUAAAUAAACAUAUGAUUA